UCGCUCGCGGUCGCCAUGGCAACAGUGCGGGCUGUGGCGGCGGGGCCGGGCCGCGCUCCCUCCCGGCCCUGCCGGGACCUGCAAAAGUCAGGCCGCGAGGCCGGUGCUGACUCGGGGGCUGUGAGAAUGGAAGCGCCCGCCGCAGAGCGGGCCGGCGGCGGCGGAGGGGAGGUCACAGCGCCAGAGGCGGCAGAGGCACCGCCGGGCGACCCCACAGCCGGAGCUGCCCCCUCAGAGCGUGAGGGCAGCGCUGGCAGCACAGUGCAACUAGAAGGUCCAGAGCAAGAUUCUGAAGAGAAGAACAUUGAAAUUCCUGUUACUCAAAGGCUGUGUAAAGACAGUGUGAAUGAGUGCAGCUCUGCAGACACCUUCCAAGGAGUGCAAAAGGAUGUUAAAACUCAAGAGAAAGCCGUCAACUGUAUGUCCAGAGCAGACCAACAGAAUGAACAAAAAUCAGGUGUUGAUCACGAGCCUGUAACCAGCUCAUCCAGUCAAAGGACAGCAGAAAAGAGGGGCUCUGUAAGAAUGACAAAAAAGACUCUGCUGGACAUCUGUAAACAGCAGAAGUUAUACUGGACCCCCUACUUAAAUGAUACACUUUACUUGCAUUAUAAAGGGUUUGACCGGCUGGAGAACCUGGAGGAGUACACGGGGCUGAAGUGUUUGUGGCUGCAGUGCAACGGCCUGAGGAAAAUCGAGAACCUGCAGGCCCAGACAGAGCUGCGUUGCCUCUACUUGCAACUCAAUUUAAUUGAGAAGAUUGAAAACCUUGAACCCUUACAGAAGCUGGAUUCGCUCAACAUCAGUAACAACUACAUUAAGACCAUUGAGAAUCUCUCUUGUCUGAAAGUCCUGCAGACUCUGCAGAUUGCUCACAACAAGCUGAGGACAGUGGAGGACAUCCAGCACCUGCAGGAGUGCCCCAGUAUUUCUGUUCUGGAUCUUUCCCACAACUGCCUCAGUGAUCCAAGUAUUGUAACUAUUCUGGAGACCAUGCCUAACCUGCACGUGCUGAAUUUGAUGGGAAACGAGGUGAUAAGGAAAAUUGCUAAUUAUAGAAAAACACUUAUUGUUCGGCUAAAACAACUAACAUAUCUGGAUGACAGACCAGUUUUCCCAAAGGAUAGAGCCUGUGCAGAAGCCUGGGCUGUUGGAGGGCUUGAAGCUGAGAAAGUAGAAAGGGAAAAAUGGGAAACCAGAGAGAGAAAAAAAAUCCAAGAUAGCAUUGAUGCAUUAGCAGCAAUGAGGCAAAAAGCAGAGGAAAAUAAAAGACAAAAGUGCAUGGAAGAAGGAGAUACAAGUGCAAGAUGUGUAAAUGGAGAUGCAACAGAUAUCCUAGAAGGAGCACCUGCAAAUUCAAAAGAUGGUGAUGGAAAUUCUAAUACAUCAAAGCCUUCAAAUAUAUCAGAAGAGGAAGAAGCUCAAGAGAAGACUGAGAAAUUUAAAGAUGAAGGUUUCGAUGUUAGUGAUGAAGUGAUAACACUUCUGCCAAAUAGGGAAGAUAACACAUCUGGAAAUAUUCCUGCUGGAGUUCAAGAGGAUGUGCAGGAACCAGACUUUUACAAAUGUGCAGAUCUCAACCAGGAGACAGAUGAUCUGCCAAGACAGGAGGCAGCCACUGACAAGGCCCUGCUUCCUGAAGGGGAUGAAUAUGCUGGAAUGGAGCAGUUCCAAGUGGAGACACUGGAGAAACUUUAUCUUGAUGAACUGCCUGAUUUAGAAGAUGUAGAUGUAACUGAAUUUCCCCUAGAAGAGGAAAUCUUUGUUCAGAAGCAGGACUAUCACCCAAAGAUUGAAAUAAUUUCUGAAGUGACAAAUGACAGUGAUUCUGCAUUAGAGGAAAACAAUAAAAGCACGUUUGAGAAAUCAGUAGAAGAAGUUCCAACAGCAAUUUUUUCAAAUGCAUGUAAGAGCCAUAAAGAGCAUGAAGAGGAGGAGCACUUAAGACCCCUUCUUGAAAGCUUCUUUACAGAGCCUGCUAAUUCAGAAAGACACCUGGAGAUCAAAGAUAAAAAAGCAGCCCCCUUGAGACCCUUGAUACAAGAGGUAGUCACUGAGCCCGAGGACCAUCUGCUGUUGUCAUCAGUCUGCCAUCAACCAGAUGACCCAAGCCCAUGGGAAGAGGAUGGGGCUGGCAGUGAUGGAGAAGCUCCAGUGAUGGAGGGCCUGGCUGAGGGUGAAGGGUGUCCUCACAGAGCACCAGGGGACAAGGACACUGACAGUGGAUUGGAUUAAUCCCUUUGGAAACAAAGGGACCAAAUCUGGAGCACAGCACCUGGCUGAGUGCAUGGGACCAUCCCAAAGGAUGGAGCCCAGCAGUGGGACCAUCAGUUGGAACUGGCACCACCCGGUGACACACAAACCCCUGGCCCAGGCUCUGCAGGGCAGGGGCUGUUCACUGCUUUGCAAACUGCUGUUCUGAGGUUAAAUUCCAUCCUCCUGUUCUUUGUGCCUUUGCAUCCUUCUAGAAAUUACUUAGUUAAAUGUUCAUAUCUCAGGGUUUCAAUACAGAUGUAGUUUCAAAGCAAAAUGUAACAUGUAUCUGUCAUUUGAACCAAAUAAAGAUUCUGCUUGUAACCACA